UGAUUCUGCGAUAUUAUGGAAUCACACUCUGCCGAUUUGACCUUUCGUCCAUCUCUUUCUCUAUCCAAUUCCAACCCCAAGCCGAAGAAGAGAACUCGCAGACGGAAACUUUCCCGGGAAAACUCCAGAAAAGAAAACCGUUGGAAAAUGUGCGAGCCCGAUGAUAACACCGCCAGAAACGGCGCCACACCUCCACCGUCAAGGUCGAGGGAGCUUCUGAUGGAUGUGGAUGACUUGGAUCUCGACGGCUCGUGGCCUCUGGAUCAGAUCCCUUACUUAUCCUCGUCGAAUCGCAUGAUAUCUCCGCUUUUCGUCUCCUCUUCCUCCGAGCAGCCUUGCUCCCCUCUCUGGGCGUUCUCCGACGUCGGAAGAGCCGUUAACCACCGUGGCGACGAUGAGAAGAUCAGCUCCGCCUCCGGUGUUCCUUCGUUUCGUCUCGCCGAUUAUCCUCUCUUCCUCCCUUACUCUUCUUCACCAUCAGUGGCUGAGAACACCACGGAGAAGCAUAACGGUUUCCAGUUUCCUUCUCCGUUGAUGAGCCUAGUCCCGCCGGAGAACACAGACAACUACUGUGUGAUCAAAGAGAGGAUGACUCAGGCGCUUCGUUACUUCAAAGAAUCAACCGAACAACACGUUUUGGCUCAGGUCUGGGCUCCUGUGAGAAAGAACGGUCGUGAUUUGCUGACGACUUUGGGUCAACCUUUUGUUCUUAACCCUAACGGUAACGGGCUUAAUCAAUACAGGAUGAUCUCUCUCACCUACAUGUUUUCUGUGGAUAGUGAGAGUGACAUUGAGCUCGGGCUCCCGGGUCGGGUUUUCCGUCAGAAACUGCCUGAGUGGACGCCGAAUGUUCAGUACUAUUCCAGCAAAGAAUUCUCGCGGCUUGACCACGCCUUGCACUAUAACGUGCGUGGUACACUGGCUUUGCCUGUCUUUAAUCCCUCUGGCGACUCAUGCAUAGGUGUUGUUGAACUUAUCAUGACCUCGGAGAAGAUUCACUAUGCACCCGAAGUGGAUAGAGUUUGCAAAGCCCUUGAGGCUGUAAAUCUUAAAAGCUCAGAGAUACUUGAUCACCAGACCACUCAGAUAUGCAAUGAGAGUCGCCAAAACGCACUUGCUGAGAUUCUAGAAGUGCUAACAGUUGUAUGCGAGACCCAUAACUUGCCUCUGGCUCAGACGUGGGUUCCCUGUCAGCACGGGAGCGUUCUUGCCAAUGGUGGCGGUUUAAAGAAAAACUGCACCAGUUUUGACGGUAGCUGCAUGGGCCAAGUCUGCAUGUCCACAACCGACAUGGCCUGCUAUGUCGUGGAUGCUCAUGUCUGGGGAUUUAGAGAUGCCUGUCUUGAACACCAUCUCCAAAAAGGACAGGGAGUCGCUGGACGAGCUUUUCUCAAUGGUGGCUCGUGUUUCUGCAGAGACAUUACCAAAUUCUGCAAAACGCAGUACCCGUUGGUCCAUUACGCGCUCAUGUUCAAGUUAACCACUUGUUUCGCAAUCUCUCUCCAGAGCUCUUACACAGGCGACGACAGUUACAUUCUUGAAUUCUUUCUUCCCUCAAGUAUAAAAGACAACCAAGUGCAAGAUUUGCUUCUUGGUUCUCUUUUGGUGACAAUGAAAGAACAUUUUCAGAGUCUGAGGGUUGCAUCUGGGGUUGACUUUGGUGAAGAUGAUGACAAAUUGUCUUUUGAGAUCAUCCAAGCAUUACCGGACGAGAACAUCCAUUCAGAAAUAGAAUCUAUUCGAGUUCCGUUUUCUGGUUUCAAGUCAAACGCGACAGAGUCGCUGUUGAUUCCUCAGCCUGCGGUUCAGUCGUCUGCUCCAGUGAACGGAAAAACUAACGUGGCCACUGUUAAUGGGGUGGUUAAGGAGAAGAAGAAAACAGAGAAAAAGCGUGGGAAGACUGAGAAAACGAUCAGUCUGGAUGUACUUCAGCAGUAUUUCACCGGAAGUCUCAAAGAUGCUGCAAAGAGCCUAGGAGUUUGCCCGACGACAAUGAAGCGAAUUUGCAGACAACACGGAAUCUCACGGUGGCCAUCAAGAAAGAUCAAGAAAGUGAAUCGCUCGAUCACAAAGCUGAAACGCGUCAUCGAAUCUGUUCAAUGUACUGAUGGAGGCCUCGGCCUGACUUCCAUGGCCGUUAGUUCCAUCCCUUGGACACACGGUCAAACAGCAGCACAUCCACUAAACUCACCCAGCGGUUCCAAACCGCCCGAGCUACCAACCACCAACAAUUCACCUAACCACUGGUCAAGUGAUCAUCACAGUCCUCCCGAGCCAAACGGCUCGCCUGAGUUACCAAGCAAUGGUCAUAAGCGUUCACGGACGGGGGAUGAGAGCGCCGGGACACCAACCUCUCACGGUUCGUGUGACGGUAACCAGUUAGAUGAAACAAAAGUCCCAAACCAAGAUCCGCUGUUCACGGUAGGUGGACCACCGGGGCUAUUCUUUCCACCUUAUUCUAGAGAUCAUGACGUAUCCACAGCAUCGUUCUCAAUGCAGAACAGGCCUCUUGGUACUAUAGACCAUUUCCGAGGAAUGCCCAUUGAAGACGCUGGAAGCUCAAAAGAUUUGAGAAAUCUCUGCUCCACUGCAGCAUUCGACGAUAAGUUUCCAGACUCAAACUGGAUGAACAAUGAUAAUAACAGCAACAACAAUAACAACAACAACAUGUACGUUCCUCCAAAGGAAGAGGAGGUGGUAAAUAUUACUCGCGAACUACCAUCAGGGUCCGAAAUGAGAACGGUAACCAUCAAGGCAAGUUACAAAGAAGACAUAAUACGGUUUAGGAUAUCCUCUGGUUCGGGUAUAAUGGAAUUGAAGGAUGAAGUGGCGAAGAGGCUGAGACUCGACGCAGGUACUUUUGAUAUCAAGUAUCUUGACGAUGAUAACGAAUGGGUAUUGAUAGCUUGUGAUGCUGAUCUUCAAGAAUGUCUCGAGAUCCCUAGAUCCUCCCGUACUAAUGUAGUACGGCUCCUGGUUCAUGAUGUUACAGCGAACCUCGGGAGCUCCUGCGAGAGCACAGGAGAAUUGUGACCCGAGGUAAAGGUAAUUCAUUACACUAUUGUAAAUAUUUUUUUUUACUGUUUAGAGGUUUGUUUGUUUUUGUUUUUGUUUUUGAUUGUUCUUGGUUGAGGAACAAGCAAAGAAUGUGUA